AUUAGAAUGGAAUGGUGCUGUAAUGUCACGAAUAAAAGUGUUAAAAUAUUUCCUGUCGACCGGAUUCCUCUCGAUCGAAGCAAUAAACGAUUAACUCUCCGAACAAUUCAAAAAAAAGAAAAGUAAAUGAAUAAAUAAAUAAAUAAAUAAAUAGAAAUAUCAUAAUCGACGAGAAUUGGGAAAAGAAUUAAAGAUGAAUAAAUCAUCGAUCCAUCCACAUAGAUUUAUUCGCAAAGGAUCGGAGUAGAAUUUAUUUAUUCCACUAACCUUCUAUCCACCAUCCAUCCACGAGGCCAUAAAAGUUCCCACGAGGUGUAUUGAAUAGCGCACAGAAAUCCCGUAAGUCAAGCCCGUGGGGCAGGUCCAGUGAAAUUGUCGUUUUUCGCGUACGGAGCAACGGAAAGACUGGUUUGCACCAGACACGGAUUAGUCAACGGGAAGACGUCGCGACGACCGUACAUCCCGGUACAUGCCUGGGGAUUCAGGCCGGCCAUGGCUGUCGACUUGAAGUCGAUUUUCCGCCUCGUGUUCGGUUUAUCGGUGAUCAUCGCCUCGGAUCGAGCCACGGCUCGGCCGCAGCGCGCCGAUUUCGAAUUUUUGCCCGCGGGGGAGUACAAUUGCUCGUCCUUGAACAAGAACGAUUGGCCGUUCGAUAAGAAGAAUCGUGAAGCAAGAUUUACGGUAGGAGAGAAUAUGGUGUACAACGAGACGGAAGAUGAUUUAACAAUCGAUAAUGAAAUCAGAGGAUUCUCUUUCUCGAACAUCGUCGAUUCUGUGUUCACCGUGAUGGCUAACGGACUCGAUUCCAUCGUGACUAGUAUCAUCGGCACGGAGAAAAGUGGCAAGCCUAAACCCAACCGAGUGAAUUACAAGAAUUAUCAAUUGAUCAGAUUGUUCCCUAGUUCCCAAGGCCACGUGAAGGAGUUGAAGGAGCUGAAGGAGACCGAGACCGAGGAUAUUAAAUUUUGGAGCGAGCCGAUGUACAACAAAACAACCGACGUGGUCGUCGCCCCAGAUCUUGUCUCCGAACUGAAAAUAUUCCUUAGAGACAAAGGAAUCGAUUUCAAAGUUCUGAUAACGAAUAUUCAGAAAACGAUAGCGAAUCAAAAUCCAAAAAUGUCGAAGGAACAACGCGAUGAUCUGGUCUCGAGCCAGGGACACAGUAUGACUUGGAAACGAUAUCAUCGGUAUGGAGAGAUCGUCAGGUACAUGGAGUAUCUAACUCUGAAGUAUCCUAAACUGGUCGAAGUGAUAACGAUAGGUCACAGUUACGAGGGUCAACCCAUUAAAAUGGUCAAAAUUUCGAACGGGCGAAACAAGAAGAAUGGAUCCAAAUCGGCUGUGUGGAUAGACGCUGGCAUGCACGCGCGCGAAUGGAUCGGUUCCGCUGUAGCGACCUACAUCGUCAGCCAGUUAGUCGAGAAGAACUCGAGCUACGCUAAAUUGCUGGAGAAUUCAGACUGGAUGAUCUUGCCUGUCGCGAAUCCGGACGGGUACGAGUACAGUCACACGAGCGACAGAUUGUGGAGGAAGACGAGGAGCAACCACGAGGAGAAUCAAGACGACAGUCGGUACACCGAUUACAGCUUCCUUCAAUUGUUGAACCAUUACGCGAAGUGGUUAUGGGGUAAGUGCGAGGGCGUCGACCCGAACAGGAAUUUUGGAUACCAUUGGGGCGAGGUGAAGGAGGGUGGGGCAAGUCUGGACCCCUGCCACGAAACUUACGCCGGUCCACGAGCCUUCUCCGAGCCGGAAACCAAGGCGAUGGCCGAUUACAUCUUGGCCAAUAAGAAGGAUAUCAGGGUUUAUCUGACGUUGCACUCUUACUCGCAAAUGUGGCUCGUCCCGUGGGGAUACACGUAUUCGAAACCGUCCGAUUACACGGAAUUGAUGAGCGUAGCUAAGAGAGCAAUAGGGGCGAUCUCGAAGGUGCACGGGACCGAUUAUCAGCUCGGUCCAUCAGCCGAUUUGUUAUAUCCAACCUCAGGUGCUUCUGACGAUUGGGCCAAGGGUGUAGCCGGUAUAAAAUACGCUUACACGUUGGAACUUCGUGAUCGAGGAACAUACGGAUUCUUGCUUCCAGCAUCGCAAAUCGUGCCCACUGCUCGUGAAAUUUGGGCAGGGAUAAGAACGAUCGCUCGUUUAGUAACGUGAGAUCCGCGAAUGGCAUCGAUCUCUUCAUUUUCUGAAAUAACUUUCAUCGUUUUUCGCGUUUACAGAAGGAGAUUAGAAAGUUUUUUAUUAGCGAAAUAUCUGAAAAAUCUGUAGAGAUUGAUAACAUGAUUGCUGAUAAUGUUUAGCAUUGAUGUAAAUCGAAGAUAAUUUUUUUUCUGCAGCAAUUAUCGAAUAUGAAGUGGGAAAUUCUUUUUGCGAGUAAUUAAUUAAAAUAUAAGAAAAUUAAUAGCGGGAUUUUUUUAUAUUUAUUGUAUACGUUUUAAAUAGAAAUACGAUCGCGUAUUUAUAUUAUAAUGAUUUAAACGAUGACGUGUAAAUAUUGUAAAUUAUUCAUAGAGAUAAUCUAAUCUAAUAAAUGUAUAUCCAAUGUUGUAUAUCGAUUUAAAAUGAUUUAUAAAUGCUGUAUAAUGAAAUGAAACGAAUUUUUAAAAAUUGUGAUUCACUAUUUUGAGAUAAAAACGUGUCGAAAACGUUUACUUAAACGAUAGGAUUUACGUUAUUAUAAAUAAUUAUGAUUUUGUUAAUUUUUUUUAUAUCUAUAAGAUUAUUUUAACAAUUUAAUUAAACAGUUCAAU